AAAAGCAAAAUCGUCUCCAGUUUUCACGCAAUUUCCCGUGAAAAUAUCGGAAAAUAAUUCAAUUGCGACACACGAAUCGCGAAAAGAACGCGUCUCGCGUCGAAUUUACUUGAAGAAAAUCGUAAAAGUGUGAAAACCCUUCGAAAAAUCGACAAAAAUACCAACGUUGCUGUUUAUGGUCAAUCCAUAAAAAAAUUAUUUUUUUUUUUAUUGUUGCAAAAGAUCAUCAUCAUCAAUUUUUUAGUUUUUUUUAACACGACGGGAAAUCUAAAAAAAAAUAAAAAAAAGUGAAUUAUAUCGAAAAUCGAUUAAAAAAAGAAAAGUGUAGUGGGGCAAGUUCAAGUACCUUUUAAUUUCGAAAAAAAAAAUUAUUUUAAUAUCUAGCUACAACAACAACAAACACGUCGUCGGUCAAAUGUAAAUAAAUUCGUAAUAUGCUGAGAAAAUAGCGAGAAAAAUCGAAUAAAUGAGUAAAAAGGAGAUUUUGCAUUCGAUAAUGGAGCAGUUAAAUAGUGCGAAAACCAUUAAGGAGCGGGGCAAACAAAAGGCUGCACACGAAAUCUACACAGAACUGCUGGCAAAGGGCCAUUCCGCAGACCUGGAUGUCAUCGUCGACGAACUGCUGGAUCCCGAUUUGCGUAUCGAUGACAGCGAAAACAUUGAUUGGUGUCGUUGGCUCAUCGCCGGAGGCAAGACCCCGUCCGAGUUCAUACAAACAGUUCGAGGUUUUGACAUGCAUGCAAAAUGUGGCUUAGUCUGGGUGCCUCAUGUCGUGGCUUACAGAUGUCGAACAUGCGGAAUUUCGCCCUGCAUGUCAAUCUGUCGCGACUGCUUCAAACGCGGCAACCACAAAAAUCACGAUUUCAACAUGUUUUUGUCGCAAGCGGGCGGCGCCUGUGACUGUGGCGACACUUCCGUGAUGAAAGCCGAGGGUUUUUGCAGCGAUCACGGCAUCAGUAAUCGCGCCAACAAAAGUCCCGUGCCCACAGACAUGAUGAUUGUAGCGGAAGCGAUCAUGCCGCGUUUAUUGCUGCGACUUUUGCUGCAUUUUCGCACGUGUUUCGCCCCAUCUGCCACGUCGGAAGAUUAUGCCGCUGCCGCUAAAGACUGUGAUGAAUACUGCAGCUUGCUCAUGGAACUGAACAACAUGGGUGAACUCAUGCGAAGUGUGAUGACACGCGCGCUAAUUAACACCGAGCUGUACGACAAUUUUUGCAACGAGCCGUAUCCCAACACGAAAUUCGGCACACAAAUGCAACGUAGCAAUCGGCGGUAUCAGGAGGCAAUUACGAUGUUUUUGAGUCCCGAUCCGCCCGAAGAAUACUACAAUUUGCCGGCGUUGAGCGAGAAUAUUCAUCACAAAACGCUGCUGGAGGAAUUCACGUUUUGGACGUUUAAAUUUGAAUUUCCGCAGAAUAUUGUGUGUUUUUUGCUGAAUAUGUUGCCGGAACAGGAUUACAAAGAACAUUUAACGAGAACUUUUGUGAUGCAUUACAGCAGGAUCCCAAUGGUGUUGGAAAUGUCGAAAGAUCCGGAGACUUUGAGUAAUCGAGUUGUGCAUAUGAGUGUGCAACUUUUCUCGAAUGAGAGUCUCGCCUUGAAAAUGGUCGAGGAAUUGAGUCUUUUGCACGUGAUGAUCAUCAGUUUGAAACUCAUGAUGUCCAAAAUUUUGAUCCAAAACAAGUUACAUGGAACGGACAAAAACUGGCAUUAUGUGAUCGACUGCGCAAAAAGAGUCAUGAAGGAGCAUUGUUAUUGGCCCCUCGUAUCCGAUUUUAACAACGUUUUAUCGCACGAAUCUGUUGCCUUGGUCUUUCUCAGGGAUAACGACCUUAUCGAGAUGUGGUUUGAGUUCCUAUCGAUGUUGCAAGGAAUGAACGUAAAUGUACGAGAAACCGGCAGUCAUGUCGAAUUCGAGCCAAGUUCGUAUUAUGCGGCAUUUUCGUGUGAAUUGGAAGCUGCUGCUUACCCAAUGUGGUCCCUGAUUUCACAUCUAAAGAACCCGACGCAUGCCCCGUUGGCAGAAAAAUUGAUCAAAAAGUGUAUUGAGAGUUUACAAGACUGGUUAGAUGCCAUUAAUUUUAUGCAUCCGCGAAUUGAAAAGAACGAGAUGAAAUACGCGUCGUUUCAUUACCCGUUGCACAGAUAUUUGGCAGCUUUGGUAUCGCAAUCCGUCAAAACGAUGGGAAUUAAUAUGUCGAACGUGCUGCCAUCCACAGAGCUCUUGACUUUAUUGAUGAUGCAUCCGAUGAGAGUGCAGAGUUUGUUCUACGAAAUCCUAUCGGGGAUUUGGGUACGAAAUGGACUGCAGAUCAAAGGACAAGCAAUGACGUAUAUCCAGGCAAACUUUUGCAACUCCAUGGUCGACAUGGAUAUGUUUUUCCUGCAAAUGUGUGCAACCCAAUUGCCCGCAAACCAUUUUAUCUCAACCGCAAUCAGUUUAUUUAGCGUUUCGGAUUGGCUUGGCAUGGGUCCUCUUACGUCGCCGCAAGAAAUGGAACAGGAUUCGAUGUUGGAAGGGCUUUUAACGUUCCUGGCGACACUCGUUUCGUCUCGCACCAACUUGGGAAACGAAGAAGCGGAUCAAUGUAUCAUCGAAAUUAGCGCUUUGCUCGCGACCGGAGACAAAACGCACAGUCAAUUGUUGGAACUUUUGCCUGAACGAAGCGGAAAUGCCCAUACAAGGAAUUUCGAAACGUUUUUAAAGCAACUUUCGGUGUACCGUUCACCGCCUCAAGGCUCGGAAAACCUCGAACAGGGGUUAUUUAUCCCAAUUUCUGAUGUCUGGGAGCAACAUUACGACCCCUUGCAUGUCCUUCAACGCGCCGUUCAUCGUCGCGACUUCCAAAGUUCGAUGGAUCGCUUCACGAAUUACGUCAAACAGGCACAAAAACUGCCGAAAAGCGGAAAUUUAUGGCCCCCAUUCCGAAUACCGAAGAAAGUAAAGGCUCCCUAUACAGAUCCUGCCUGUAUUUUGACGUCAAAAGUGCUUCAUUCGAUGUUGCUGGGAAUUUUUUAUCGUGCCGUCAAUUCUCACAACAUUUCCGAAAACCUUCUUGCGUUGGCGGUAUUCCUUUUGGAAGUUGCUGUCGAUUUAAAGGGCGAAUCUGAGACUGAAGCAACUUGUACGACAGUCGAUUGCACAAGUGGUUUACCCUCGACAUCCUUUAGUGCGAAUCGUGAGACUCCGGAUUUGCUGAAUUGCUUCCCGAACAACAAUUUGAACGAAAAUUUGAGAUUUGUGGUGAACAAAAUUUCGUUAAGUCCGUCAGAACCGAAGUUUUCACCGGCGACGUAUAAUAAUAACACCCCCUUUGACAGCGAUAUCGAAUGGGAAUUGGAUUCGGAGCCUUUACCGAUGCUCGUUGGAAGUGUUUCUGACGCUGAUUAUUCGAACAAUCAAGCUUUAGCGCUGCCCCAAGACCUUUCUGUGGUGCGUGAAGGUUCAAUUGUUAUUCAUGGAGCCAUGUCAGAUCGCAUGGAUGAUGAUGACUUGUCGCCAGGAUCGACAACAGCAACUUCUUUACCUUCUUUGCCGAUGCCUCCGUCGAUGCAGGCGUUGACAACGUUACCAAUUGUUGAAUCGACGACCGCUAAUACGAUGAUGGAAGUUGCUUUGCGUCGUGAAAUUCCUUUCAUGCCGGUUAACAGGGAACAAAAUCAACGAAUAACGCCCGAGAUGUUCAGUUCGAGCAGCAGUAACUCGUCGGGAGUGAUUUUGCCUUUCAACCGAGUGCAACCUGUCGCUGUUUCGAACCGAAAUGUCGAUUUAUUGACAAAUCCAGGCACGCGGCGACUUACAAAUGCGCCUCAUAGAGAUAAGAGACUCAAUCCUGACGGUACAACUCCAACAACGCCGAAUUCUGAACCAGAUUCUCUCGUCAUUGACGAAUGUAUCUUGUCACUUUUGUUGAAACUUCAUUCGCAAAUGAGUGGAUGUCUCGAUAGUUUCUCGCUGGAAGAUGAUUCGAACGAUGAAACCCUCGACGAAAUGGAUACCGAUACGCCAUCGACGUCGAAAAAAGGUGAAAAUAAAGAAAACCCAAGUACGUCGCGCAUUGGAGAUGGUCCCUUCUUCAUUGGAAACCUUCUGAAAAAAAUCGCACAAUCGGAUCCGCUUUGCGCGAAGGCAAUUACCGACAUCCGACACAAGUUGUGGCCAAACCAAAGAGAGAGACAAGCCGAACAAAAGGCGCGCGAGGCCAAAGAAAAGGAGGAACGCAGCAAACGAGCCAAAGAACGUCAACAACGACUCAUGCAAGAGUUUGCCAACAAGCAGAAACAAUUCAUGGAGACGGCAAUGGUUACGGAAAUGGGCAUGGAGUGCAUGGAAGAAGACGAUUACGAGAUCGAGCAACCGCGAGAGAAGGAAUAUGACUGUAUAAUUUGCAACACGACGGGUCCGAGUACGGAAUCGAAUCCCAUUGGGCUUGUGGUGCUCGUCGAAUCGAGCAGUAUUGUCGGGCAUCGACGAAAAACUGACGAUACGCUUCCGUUGCCGGUGUGUGAUGAGGAUAAAACGCGACCUGAUCGCGAUGUGAGACUUUCGCAGGAGUUUAACAAUCGUGUCGAGCUGUUGACGAACAAAUUUGGAUCGAAUUCAUGGUACUUGUCUCACAACAUUGGCUGGGAAGGCGGAGUUUACGUUCAAUCUUGCUCUCACAACGUUCAUCUCAACUGUCAAGAUGCCUAUUUGAAGUCCCUCUACACCUCACAACGCCCCGCAAAUUUGAAUGUCGAGCGUGGCGAGUUCUUUUGUCCCGUUUGUCGUCAACUGGCGAACUCUGUUUUGCCCCUGAGUCCGCAAUUGGAUCGUUUGACGCCGAUGGUUCGGAUUCCAACGCCUCCCUUUUCCACUCUAGUCAUGGAAUUGAUGCAUCUCAUCAAGGAAAACAAACGACCGCCAACUACGACGAAAUUUUACGAGGCAAUGGGACGCGCGAUGGAAUGCAUGACAAACAGCACACAACGGACAAUUAAGAAGCACGAGCCAACAGCACAAUCCUUGUUCUCGUUUGUGAUUUCCAUCGCACGAACAAAUCUCGAAAAUGAGGUAAUUCAACGCGGAGGUUCGCUUUGCAUCUCCAACUCCAUUCGCUACAAGCCAAAACGUGAUUGUAUAGUUCCUCUCCUUCAUGUCCUGUCGCUCCAUGUUCGUCUCAUGAUUAACGAAGAACUUCCCGUGCGAUUGACGAAUGACGAUAGCCCUGUUUGGACACUCUGGGCGUCACUUUGUGGCAUCCAGCUAUACGAUAAUACAACUUUAGUGCCUUCACGUAGUUAUGAAUUAAUUCCGAUUUUGUUAUCUGAUCCAUGUGCGUUGAUGUUGAAGUUUAUUCUUCUUGCGCCAUUGCAACUUGAUCAAGGUAA